GUCAUGAUGUCCGCUGUCUUUACACACUCUCUGCACAUUUACUGAUCUAACGCUGUACGGACCGGUUAUAGACUUAUGUCGAUUUCAUGUGUUCACUUGUGACGAGUCUUCAUUCGUCCGUGAUGUAAACUUUAGAUUCUAAAGGAUUCUCGGCACAUGAAUCAAAGCUUUCCCUCAACCUGUUGUGAACCUUCUUGUGUCUUGGACCCCCGGGUAUGGAGGUGGCUGACAGCCCGCUUGUGGUUAAGGAUGGUCCAGUGAAGUGGCGCUGGAGAAAACACCUUAAAGAUCACAGCAGCAUAAAUGACCCUCCUCUACUAAUGAAGAAUGGCACUCAGUUCAAGAAGAGCCUGGAAGUUAUAAUAUCUCAGAAGACGCCACCUGAGUCCAUCCGCAGUUCAAAUGCAGGACAGUCUAGACAAAAGGCUUGCGUGAAAAAUGUGCCAUGUGCUAGCCGAGCACUCAGAAAUGCUUUCUUAUCCAAUGGCCUGGAUAACUGGAAAGCACAUAUUAAACUGGCAAGAAUCAUCAGGAGGACAUAUAUCGGUCUGGAGCUGGUGGAAUGGCUGAUGGAUCACUGUGAAUUUAUACAGAACAGGGCAAUAGCUUCCAGAAUCUGGAACAUUCUUCUGGACUUGGGUAUUCUGCUCUCAGUGGAGCAGCAGGAUGGAUUUGAGGACUCCAGGUCUUUAUACCAGUUCACUUUUGAAGAAUGUGAGGCUCAGAGCUGUGAUUUCAGAAACCAGGCAAACUGGCAGAGUGCAGUGCAUCUGCUCCUGCAACAGCUGCCUCAUGUUCAGCUCCGAGCUGGAACCCAGAGACGUUGUACAGAAGAUACACUGAAUACUUCUGAUGUUUGUAAUCCUGUUCUUCAAAUGAGAGCAUUGGAGCAUCUCACCUCAACGGUGCAGAAUGAACUUCUCGUGGCUCUGGCUCACAAGGCACAGACUAAAUCAAGGAACGAUGCAAGCAGUCCAGAGCACAAUACUGACACCCCACCACAUUCUCCAAGUCCUGCUGAGCUCAAGCAGGGCCCUGGAGCUGGUACAUGCAAUAGAGAGGACAUCAGCCGAUUGGAGAUGGUCCAGAGACUGGCCAAAGACGGAUGCCGCCUUUUAAAUGGCCCACUCAGAGCUACUGAAAGGCCCAGUGAGCCCACCGGUGACGCAGCAGUCCGUGUAUGUGAGCGAGAGCGGACCCACAAGGUGCUGCUUCCUCAGAGGACAACGUCACCCAGAUCUCCCCCCUCCUUCAUCCCCUCCUCCUCUUCGACCAGGAGGUACGCUGCGGUGCCCGCCACCCGUGAGAAGGUUCUGGAGCACCUGCUGGACCACCUGAGGCUAGAUGGAGAGCAAAGCAGCCCGCAAAGAAAAGAGAUAGAGAGUCUACUGGAUGAUUUCCUACUGACGUACCCUGUGGUCAUGUCCACCAGUGACCUGUGCCAAGCACUACUUGCUCACUAUUGUUUAAAGAAAGGACGGAUGAAAGGUGAAGGGAGAGAGACUCUGCUUAGGAAACGAAAAGUGCUGCACCUGCUCUCCCGGUGGAGCUCGCUGUGCACAGACCUGCCGCAGGACGAUGAGCACGCCAAACUGUUCCUCAAGACCCUGUACAGAUACGUUCUAGAUGAUCUCUAUGAGUUCCCCUCCCUGGAGAAGGAUUUUAAAGAACUUCAGAAACUUCUCCGGAUGCAACGCAGACACACGGUAGAUGAGUACUCUCCGCAAAGGAAGAAUAAAGCUCUCGUCCAUCAGUUGAGUCUGAAGGAGAGCUGGCACCCCGUGAGAGGAGAUCAGAGAGAGAGUAAGGAAGUGCUGUGUCGUGUGUACAUGACUAUAGACUCAUACGUGAGUGUAAGGACACACAGCGAGGUGUGUGUGCAGGAAUUGCUGAGAACUUUGGCUGAAAGGCUCGACUGCGUUGAGGAUGACAUGGUGCUGGUCGCCGUCACGUAUACUGGAGAGAAGGUUCUGCUUCAGUCAGAUCAGUGUGUAUUUUCUGCUUUACUCAGCGCUGCAGACAGGCUGCACGUCUGCAGAAGAGACCUGACUGAGAUCAUGAGUCUCUUCACCGAUAACGGACAGAUGCAGCAGCGGUCAGUGAAGAUGCUGAGCAUGAACACAUGGGAUGUAGCUAUUUCACUCACCAACUGUGACUGGACACUCUUCAGUAACAUACAUGAGCAAGAGCUGGUGUAUUUUACGCUGAGCCGCGAUUCAAGCACUGGCCACACGGUGGUGCUGGAGCAGCUGUUACAGCGCUGUAAUGAGACUCAGCAGUGGGUGAUGACUGAAGUGCUUCUGUGUCCGACCCUCUGCAAACGUGUGCAGCUCUUCAAGAAAUUUAUCAAGAUCGCAGCACACUGUAAAGUACAGAGGAACCUAAACUCAGUUUUUGCUAUCAUUUUGGGAUUGAACAGUCCAGCUGUCAGUCGACUCACUCAGACAUGGGAGAAAGUCCCUGGGAAGUUCAGGAAGUUAUUUUCCGAGCUGGAGAGCCUGACAGACCCUUCUUUAAACCACAAAGCCUAUAGAGAUUCCUUCAGGAAGAUGAAAUCUCCCAAGAUCCCAUUCCUACCUCUGCUUCUGAAAGAUAUUACCUUCAUUCAUGAGGGCAACAAAACCUUUCUCGACAACCUGGUCAACUUUGAUAAGCUACACAUGAUAGCAGACACAGUGCGGAUUAUAAGGCAGUGUCGGACAGAUCACAUGGGAUACAUGCUGUGCCAGAAGGACAGUGUAGAGGUGAGAAUGUACAUCAACUACCUGCACAUCAUCGACAAUCAACAGACCCUCUUUGAGCUCUCACACAGACUAGAGCCCCGGACAUAGAACAACACAUGGGUCCCGAUCCACUACUGAAAGAGAUAGGACAAAAUCCUUCCUCUAAAAAUGAAGACUGUGGUGAGCAAGUCAUCCACUAGGGGGGAAACACACUUGCAUCAAUCACAAAGACCAGAGGCAGAGUUUCGCACAACCAAAGAUCUCUCUGCAAGUUACAGUAUAGUACACAAGUACACAGGUAAAAGGUAUAGUUCACCCAAAAAUGAAAAUACGUUCAUUAUUUCCUUACCCUCAUGUUGUUCUAAACCUGUAUGACUUUUGCUUCAAGGAAGAAAGAAAGGUAUAUAGGUUUGGAACAACAUGAGGGUGAGUAAAUGAUGACAUUUGUUAUAUUUUUGGGUGAACUAUCCCUUUCAGUUAUUUGAAGAAACUGAAAUGGAGAUCUAUAAAAUUGGCUUCUGAAACAGUUCUGCAAAACAGUUACAACAGGCAUGAACGAUUAAAAUGGUCCAGUAUUCUAUAUGUUACACUAAAGACACAUCGUAAUGGGAUUCCAGAUGGUGUUUUUGUUCAGCUCACUUUCACUCAGUAGUGUAGAACACAUUAUUAUUAUUAUUAUUGUUGAUGUUAUUAUUACUAUUUUUUUUUUUUUUUUUAGCCAGUUUUUGAACCAGUGGAGUUGUUUGCAUAUACAUAUAUGGGAAAAUCAUGGGCACAAAUUAGAAUUUUGAG